GAGUUUGAGGCCAGCCUGGUCUACAAAGAUCCAGUACAGCCAGGGCUAUGCAGAGAAAUCCUCUCUCAAAAAAAAGAUUUGAGAAAACAUCUAAUAUCUCACACCCUCUCAGGUAGUUAUGUCUAGAUCAUGAAUUAUUCUUUGUCCAACUUAAUCCAUGCUUUGCAUACUCCAUAUCCAACCAUUACUUCUUAUCCAUCUUGAAUAUCAGGUUGACUGUCAAGGUGUCACAGACUGUGUUAAAAUACCUUUAUGUCCAAACAACCUAGAUCUGUAUCAUCCCACUCUUGAUCCCAUUGUGUAGGCAUUGUGUCAUCACUAGAAGACUAAGCUCAGUAAGAUUUUGUGAAAGUACAUUCACAUAACUUUCAUUAGUGUUAGAUAAUGUGUACCUAGUAUAUAAAUUAAACUUCAUUUUAGGUACUUACUGUAUAAGAGUACAUGAUGUCUACACAGUGUUCAGAACUAUCAGUUUCUGCCAUUCUUAGGGGGUGAUCUUAGAAGAAAUCCCCAUAAAGAGAUGCAUCAUGUUUGUUCCUUGUACAAAAACUUAAUGACAUUGUUAUUCAUAGUCAAAUCUGGAUGGAGAGAAGAUCAACUAAUACAAGGAUAAAGUGGAAUACUGCUUAGUAGUAAAAGGCAAUGGACCAUUUGUAGAUGUAGUAACAGAUGGGACUCAAAUAUGCCGUGCUGAUUGAAAGAAAUUAGGCACAGAAAUGUUCAUACUUUCCAAUCUUUUCCUUGAGACAGGAUUUCUGUGUAACCUAAGAUGACCUUGUAUUUCGGUCUCCUGUCUCAGUCUCUGGAGUGUUGGGCUUACAGACAGAACAUUCUUCACAAUCCAGAAGAAAAAGAAGACUCGUUCGGGAUGUUUGACGGCUAUGAUAGCUGCAGUGAGGACACAAGUAGCAGCUCCAGCUCCGAGGAGAGUGAAGAAGAAGUUGCUCCUUUACCUUCCAGUCUCCCAAUUAUCAAAAAUAAUGGACAAGUCUACACAUACCCAGAUGGUAAAUCUGGCAUGGCUACCUGUGAGAUGUGUGGGAUGGUCGGUGUACGAGACGCUUUUUACUCUAAAACAAAACGUUUCUGCAGUGUUUCCUGUUCACGAAGUUACUCGUCAAACUCUAAGAAGGCAAGCAUUCUGGCCAGACUUCAGGUAACGGGUAAGCCUCCAACAAAGAAAGCAAAAGUCCUUCAGAAACAACCUUUAGUUGCUAAAUUAGCUGCCUAUGCUCAAUAUCAAGCUACCUUGCAAAAUCAAGCAAAGACAAAAGCAGGUAAUUCUGCAAUCUCCGUGGAAGGCUUCAGCUGGGGUAACUACAUCAACAGCAAUAGCUUCAUAGCAGCUCCAGUCACCUGUUUCAAACAUGCACCUAUGGGGACCUGCUGGGGUGAUAUCUCAGAAAAUGUAAGAAUAGAAGUUCCCAAUACAGACUGCAGUCUACCUACCAAAGUCUUCUGGAUUGCUGGAAUUAUAAAAUUAGCAGGUUACAAUGCCCUUUUGAGAUAUGAAGGAUUUGAAAAUGAUUCUUCUCUGGACUUCUGGUGCAAUAUAUGUGGGUCUGAUAUUCAUCCAGUUGGUUGGUGUGCAGCCAGUGGAAAACCUCUCGUUCCUCCUAGAACUGUUCAACACAAAUACACAAACUGGAAAGCUUUUCUAGUAAAAAGACUUACUGGUGCCAAAACGCUUCCUCCUGAUUUCUCACAAAAGGUUUCAGAGAGUAUGCAGUAUCCUUUCAAACCUUGCAUGAGAGUAGAAGUAGUUGACAAGAGGCAUUUAUGUCGAACGAGAGUAGCAGUGGUGGAAAGUGUAAUUGGAGGAAGAUUAAGGUUAGUGUAUGAAGAGAGUGAAGACAGAACAGACGACUUCUGGUGCCACAUGCAUAGCCCCUUAAUCCACCAUAUCGGGUGGUCUCGAAGCAUAGGCCAUCGAUUCAAAAGAUCUGAUAUUACAAAGAAACAGGAUGGACAUUUUGAUACACCACCACACUUAUUUGCUAAGGUAAAAGAAGUAGACCAGAGUGGAGAAUGGUUCAAAGAAGGAAUGAAAUUGGAGGCUAUAGACCCAUUAAAUCUUUCUACAAUAUGUGUUGCAACCAUUAGGAAGGUGCUGGCUGAUGGGUUCCUGAUGAUUGGGAUCGAUGGCUCAGAAGCUGCAGAUGGAUCUGACUGGUUCUGUUAUCAUGCAACCUCUCCUUCUAUUUUCCCUGUGGGUUUCUGUGAAAUUAACAUGAUAGAACUGACUCCACCCAGAGGUUACACAAAACUUCCUUUUAAAUGGUUUGACUACCUCAGGGAAACGGGCUCCAUCGCAGCACCAGUAAAACUAUUUAAUAAGGAUGUUCCAAAUCACGGAUUUCGUGUAGGAAUGAAAUUAGAAGCUGUAGAUCUCAUGGAGCCACGUUUAAUAUGUGUAGCCACAGUUACUCGAAUUAUUCAUCGCCUCUUGAGGAUACAUUUUGAUGGAUGGGAAGAAGAGUAUGAUCAGUGGGUAGACUGUGAGUCCCCUGACCUCUAUCCUGUAGGGUGGUGUCAAUUAACUGGAUAUCAACUACAGCCUCCAGCAUCACAGUCGUCAAGAGAAAGCCAGUCAGCUUCUUCUAAACAGAAGAAAAAGGCUAAGUCCCAGCAAUACAAAGGACAUAAGAAAAAGAGGAAGAUGCCAGUUGGGAAGAAGCCUGUCAGUUUGUCGAGCCUGCCCAUGACAGGCGGGGUGCGGAGGAGCUUCUCUGGGGACGAAGAGUUGACUCCUCCUCCAUAUCGAACCCUGCCAGCACAGACAGCCCUGGAGGCCUUCCCACCUCCCAGCACUAGCCGAGAGUUCAGGCCCAGCCUCAAAACAGGUAACUAGUCACGGCAGCACCACAGGUACUACAGAGGGUCAGGUGCUGGGCAGGGUGGUGGGAGACAAAGCAUGGUCUGGCGCAACAAAUGCUGACUCAUUGGGGUUUUUGUUUUUUUGUUUUGUUUUUUUUUCUUCUUUUUUACUAAAAUACCCAUUUUCACUGGUUCUUGGUAGUCAUUUCACUAAGAUGAGUUAUCAGGAAAGGAGUUUUUGUUGUCUUUAUGGAGCAUCUGUGAAAGCUGUCACUUUAGCUUUUGGAAUUUUGAGGUACCCUCUAUACUUCAUGUUUUAAGUAAAAUUGCUAACAUAUUACAUUGUAGACUUCCAUGUGACUUGAGGGAGAGAAAGAUCCUGAAGAACUCAUCUAAUUAGUCAGACCUAAAAGUGAGACAUUUUUCAUAGCAUUCCCAUAAUGGUUUGUUCUUGAAAAUUGUGUGUGUUGAGUUCAAGGAAUUUUGGUUUUGGUAGUAAAUCUUAUCUGAGUAUCAUCACAGACUUGAAACACAUUACCUAUAUAUCAUAGUGUUGAAUUAGAUUGAAAUUUUUUUCCAUAAUUCCAUGUUGCAGUGUGCACAGUGAUUAAGUAAAUGACAUUUCUUGGUGUUUGGUUAGUUAGGUCAAGAUCGUAGAGUCAGGGAAGACUGCUCAAGGUUUUGCCUUGUAAUUGCGAAGACCAAAACUUCCUCUAGACAGGAGUCCUGAUCUUGGAGCUUCAAAGCCAGAGUGCAUGUUUGAUUAGUGUGUAUCCUUCCACAGCUUAAGGAUUGCUUUCCAGCUGACUUGCUCUAGCCGAUCAGCUUUUCCUAAAUGUUUGAAAGCUUUUCCUUCUAUAGUUUGAAAACCUGCAUGGAAUUUAGAACUUUGUUCCCAUCUUUUUCUCUUUGCCAGGAUGUCUGUACCUGACAUUAUCAGCCGUUUUUUUUUCACUUCCGUUGAAGAUGUUCUCCUUAGCGUCACAGCUCUGACAGUGUGUGUGGCCAUCUUGAGCUUUCCACCAGUCAGUUUUUCUGACAAUCACUAUGGUAGCCUUACAUCAACGGAAGUUUCUAUGCUUCAUUUUAUAUGAAGAGCAGAUUAGGGUUACAAAUCCCAGAUUUUGUCUGCUGUGGCCAGGCAUGGUGGUAAGACCUGUAAACCCAGCAGGAAGAUCAGGAAUUCCAGGCAGCCUCCUGAGAGACCCUGUCUCAUCAACACCAACAGUGUUAGCUACUCUGCUAAGCACCCACCUCUAAGGACUGAGAGUAUUCCAGUUCGUUUUUAACUUUUCUCUUUUCACACGUGCUAUUUAUGAAAUAGUUGAUACAAAAUAUGAAUAUUCUUACAUUUUAAAAUUUGUAUUAGCUCUUCAGAGCACUUUAUUUAAACAGACUAAUUUUGGAAGUAUGUGUCAUGUUUUGAUAGAGGUUCCUAUUUACAAGCUAAACUUGACUUGUGAGAUGCUACAAGGAAAAACCUCGUGGCUUUGACUUCCUCCUUUUUUUAGUGCCUGUCCUCUGAGCUCUGGGGUGUGUCCUAGGGGCUGUGGUAUGAUCUGCUCAGGGAAAUGCUGUGGAAACUACUGCCUUCAUGUCUGAAAGUCAUGGUUGGAUUAGCUGUUUGGAGAAUGUAUUAUUAUUGGCUUUGUACCUAUGAGAUGUGACUUCCAUUUGUUUCUCUUGUGAAUGUUCGUGAUUAGUGUCACUAAAGUGAAUCCCUUUUGAAAGCCGAGUUUAGAAAUGGCAUUGGUGUAGAAUGUGACACUGAGCCACUUGACCUAGUGCAUUCAUUGUCACUAGUUGAGAAUAAAGGCCAGGAAGAAAGGAUGAUACCAGACAGACUUUUAUAGUUUCCAUGAAAAGUGAAAGUUUGCAUUAAAACAUUCCAUAUCUGAGUGAAUGUUCCACCUUUAUCUUGAAUGAUUUUGAAGUACAUCAUUUCCAUAUUUUAACAUGAUUCUAUCCCAGAUACUUGUUUUGAGUACAAAUGCAUACAGCUUUAGGAUGUGCUUUAAGACCUCAGCUUAUCUGUCUUACAUAAAAAUACAUCCAUUUGAGUGAGACAUCUUUGAUCUUGAAGCAUGGUAAUUCCCAUUCAUUUAGCCAUCUAAUCAUCGUAUAACAAGAUAACGUUCAACCUUUUAUUGUAGGUACUGCACCUUUAAUGAAAUGUGGGCUUUGUUUCCAUGUUUAUCUUUGGGAUAGUACUGAAAUGUCUCUAAUACUUGCUGCAUGUUGGUUAGAUCUGAAAGACAGCUGUUGCAUAUUUGCUGCUGUUCAUUAGAACACAUUUAUAUUAAGCAAAGAAGGAACUAUACAGUUGUACAUGCUUUGCCUUUCAUCAGUGUGUUGUUUCUUCUGUUCUUACUAUACACAGUAUAUUCACUUUUUUGUCUUUGGACUAUUAAGUUUUUUACCAUCGAUACCAAAAUAGGAACCAAAGUAAGUUGAAUUGUCAUCUCUCAAAACAUUAUUCCUUAAAAUUAGUAAAUAAGAUGUCAGAAGUGCUAGCUAUGAUGGUGUGUGCCUUUAUUCUGAACAUUCAGGAUCUUUGUGAGUUCAAGGCUAGUCUAAUCCAUCUAUAUAUCAAGUUCCAGGCCAGCUAAAAAGAUGUCCUAGGGCUGGGUUUUGUAUUUAUUUGUUGGUCUUGUUAUAUAGUAUAUAGUCUUUGCUGGCCUCAAACUCAUGAUCUGCUUUCUUCAGCCUCUAGACUGCUGGGACUAUUGGUGUGAGCCAACACACCUGGACUGGGAGAGGGGUCAUUAAUUUUUUAAAGAUAGCUUCAUAACUAAAAUCAGCACACAGAGUCUGGAAGUGUAGCCCAGUGGUAGAGUGCUGACCUAGCAUUCACAAAACUAAAUUCAGUCCCCAGCACCAU